AAUCAGGAAACAGCUUGUCAUUUCUUGUUCCUGAGAGGAGACGCACACGGAGACAUACAAGCAGACACUAAUAUUCAUCUUAGCACCAAAAGUACCACGUCCACUGAGAGGACAGCUACAGGUGGGAACACUGGGGACACUGGAAUUACUGCUUCACUCAGAGACAAAAUGUCUUCCAGAGCAGAGGAGGAUCUCUCCUGUCCUGUCUGCCAUGACAUCUUCAAAAACCCCGUUGUUCUGUCAUGUAGCCACAGCUUCUGUAAAGAUUGCCUGCAGAAAUGGUGGAUGGGGAAAAAAAUACGUGCGUGUCCGUGCUGUAUGAGAAGAUCAUCAAAGACUGAUCCGCCUCGUAAUCUUGCGUUAAAGAACUUGUGUGAGACCUUCCUUUUGAAAAAAGAAAGUAAGACAGGUUCAGCAGAGUCUGAAACUCUCUGCAGUCUGCACUCUGAGAGGCUCAAACUCUUCUGUCUGGACCAUCAGCAGCCUGUGUGUGUCAUCUGCAGAGAUUCAAAAACUCACCAUAACCACAGAUUCAGUCCCAUCGAUGAAGCUACACAGGAUCACAAAGAGGAGCUCCAGAAAUCCCUGAAGCCCUUACAGGAGAAACUAAAGCUCUUUAAAGAAGUUAAAGGAAACUGGGAUGAAACAGCAGAAUACAUUAAGGUCCAGGCCGGACACACAGAGAAGCAGAUUAGGGAGCAGUUUAAGAAGCUUCACCAGUUUCUAGAAGAGGAAGAGGAGGCUAGGAUCUGUGCUCUGAGGGAGGAAGAGGAGCAGAAGAGUCAGAGAAUGAAGGAGAAGAUUGAGGCUCUGAGCAGAGAGAUAGCAGCUCUUUCAGACACAGUCAGAGCCACAGAGCAGGAGCUGAGAGCUGAAGACGUCCCAUUCCUGCAGAACUACAAGGCUGCAGUGGAAAGAGUCCAGCAGCGCCCCUUGCUGGAUGAUCCACAACUGAUCUCAGGAGCUCUGAUAGACGUGGCCAAACAUCUGGGUAACCUGAGCUUCAACAUCUGGAACAAGAUGGAGGAGAGGGUCUUCUACACGCCUGUGAUCCUGGAUCCUAACACUGCUGACCCAGAACUAGUUGUGUCUGGAGAUCUGACCAGUGUGAGAUGUGGAGAGAGACAAAGGCUUCCAAAAAACCCGGAGAGGAUCAAAUUCUCCUGCUCCGUCCUGGGCUCGGAUGGCUUUAACUCGGGGACUCACAGCUGGAGCGUGGAGGUUGGAGACAACAAGGACUGGGAACUGGGCCUGUUGGGCGAGUACAUCCAGAUGAACGGACGCCUUCAGUCUGGAUUGUGGAGAAUUAUGUUCUCUAACGGUAAAUUCACAGCGUUCUCCACGUUAGAUCCAGAGAAAGAUCUACCAGUGAAGAAGCAGCUCCGGAGGAUCAGAGUUCAUCUCGACUUUGACAAAGGAAAGCUGUCUUUCUUUAAUCUUGAUACUAACACACACAUACACACCUUCACACACACUUUCACUGACACCCUGUUUCCUUACAUUUACACUGAGAAUCCUCUUCCACUGAAGAUUCUAUCAGAGAAGGGGAAUCCCAGUUAGAGAUUAAUAUGAUAGGGUGACCAAUAUGACAAUAUGUACCAUGAGAGUUUUUUAACUAUUUACAAAAGUGUCUUUUAUUAAUAUGUCUGGUUGUAUUAGGCCACUAGGUACACUGCUGUAUAUUUGGGCAAUGUUGGAUUUGAAGGAUUAUUGGAUCAAUGUGAUGAAGCUCAACAGUUUUAUUUUCACAAGUUGUUUGUCAAGGCACAUCUUACUAAGCCUAUAAGAAUACCAGGAUGGCAGGAUAUACAGUAUUGGGAAUGGUGUGCUAUGACUUUUGGUAGCAAUGUGGCAAAUAAUCUUUGCAAAAAUCAC